AUGACGUCUUGGUUUGUUUCUCCAUUAUUACCCACGGGUAAAAAUCGUCGAAUUGAACUUCCUGGUAUUGAUCUAUGGAUUAUUGCACGUACGGACAAAGUAUUUGUUUAUCCAUCUCAAUUAGAUAUUGAUCGACUUAAGGAUGCUCUUAGUCGUACUCUUUCGAUAUGGCCUAUUGUUGCUGGUUGUUUUCUGUUAGUUGACAAUGAUCAUUACUUUAUUGAAAUGUCUGAUAAUUCAAUUCCAAUAACUUAUAUAGAAAAUUGUGAAUUAACUAUGUGGCCUGCCAAUAUCAAUAUUGUUUCAGAAGUGGAACAGAAUCCACUUGAACCAUUUAUUGAUGGAGUAGAUAUACUAAAAUUAAUUCAUGGUUCUAAAGAUGAACCUCUUGUUCGUUUAAAAUUAACUCGUCUUAUUCAUAGUAAUGAAUGGAUAUUGGGAGUAAGUUGGGCACAUAUAUUAGGUGAUGCUGCUGCUUUAUUGAACUUUUUAAAUACAAUUUCACGUAUUUAUCAAAAUUUGGAGCCACUUCAACCAUUACCUAUAUUCGAACGACGUUUAUGGUUAGAAGAAGAAGUAAAUUCAUCUUAUUUACCUCUAAUGAAACAUUUAACAGAUGCGGGGCCAUUACAAGAUAUGUUUCAACUUUUUAGUAGUUGGAAAGAUACACAUGAAUAUGUUCAUAUUCGUUUUUCAGGUGAACAAUUAGCAAAACUCCGUGAAGUAGCUGGCGGAGAUAAUGUAUCAACACAAGAUUCACUUUCUGCCUAUAUUAUUCUUACAUUGAAUACUCAUUGUUAUUUAAAUAAUAAUGAUCGUCAAAUUUUACGAACAAAUACAACUAUUAAUUGUCGUGGUGUUUCUGAUUCAAUUGCUCCAGUUGGACUUGUUUCUAAUGCUAUUAUACAAAUGUUAUCUGAUGAUUAUGAUGAUCCAUAUUCUCUAAGUAGUAUUGCUAAGACAAUUCGUUGUUCAAUUAUUAAAUCACGUGAUCCAAAAUUUUUGAUACCUUGGUUAGCUACUGCUGAUAAAUUAUUGAAAAAAAUUGCACAUGAUAAUCUAUUAGCUAAUUGGAAUCAAUUUCCAAAUGAAAUAUUAGUUAAUUCCAAUUAUAGAUACGAUUGGGUUCAACUUGUUGAUUUUGGUUAUAAAGAUCAAUGUCGUGUUUUUACAGUAUGGACAGGACCAUUGUAUUUACGUGUAUUUCGUUUAAAUCCUGUUAAAGAUGGAACUCAAUGGUUACCGCGAGAUCGAAAUGGAGCAGAAGUUGCUUUUAGAAUUGAGAAAGACAUGAAAGAUCAAUUUAUUCAUGCUUGGAAAAAAGAUAUAGAAGAAAAUUUUGCAAACAUCAAAGAAUAA